AUGGAUAUCCACUCCUCCAUCCCUAAAGGUCGUCCACUGAGGAUUGUGAUGAUUGGGAAAACUGGAGUUGGAAAAAGUGCCGUCGGUAACACCAUUUUGGGUAGAAAGGAUUUUCAUUCGUGGGCAAGUGCACACUCUGUGACGCAGAGCUGCCAGAAAGAACGGGUCAACAACAGGAGCAGAAAGGUUGAUGUGGUCGAUACACCGGGGGUUCUGGAUACGUCUAAAAGUUCAGAGAGUAUAAAGAAAGAGAUUGCAAAGUGCAUCCAGGUGUCCUCUCCCGGCCCUCACGCCUUUCUGCUGGUCAUCCAGAUUGGCAGGUUCACAAAAGAAGAAGAAAACUGCGUGCAAGCCCUGGAGAAGAUCUUCGGACCUGAGGCAUCUAAGUACAUGAUCAUUCUGUUCACGCGUGGCGAUGAGCUGGAGGGCACCAUUCAGGAUUACGUGCAAUACGGUCACCCCAAACUUCGGGAGUUGAUUAACAGGUGCGGUAACCGGUACCAUGUCUUCAACAACAAGAAAAGGAGGAACAGAACCCAAGUGGCUCAGCUGAUUAAUAUGAUCGAUAUGAUGGUGGUGGCAAAUGGAGGACAGCAUUUUAGUGAAGAAAUGUAUGAGGUAGCAGAGAAGACUCUGCAGCAGCAGAAAAAGUACAGAGAAACAACAGCGGAGGUUUACAACUUCCCCUUCAUGGCUGAGCUACAUCAGAGGGUCAUUCGCUUCCAGGCCAUACUGGCUGAUGCCGAACAAGACGGACACCAACCACCUGAAGCACUCCGGCGCUGCCUUUAG